AGAGAUAUAUAUUUAGCUCUGAGGGUAGACUGUGGAAUAGCAGGCCUAGGAAGAUUUUUUAUAUACACCCACUCCUGUGGCUCAGUUUGACAGCAGAACGACAGGGCGAACAUAGAGAGCCAGGCUAUGAGUGUGCCCGAGAGAGGGUGGGCAUCACACCGAGUUGACCUUCCCAUGGAGCCCUGGCUGGUGAUGCUGCUGUUUUUACAGGCAGUUUGGAAUGGCAUUCUUGGGAAAACUCAUUCUUUGCACAAAAGAGGACUCCUUGAGUUAUCGGGAACCAUAAAAUGUGGCACCGGAAGAAAUCCGUUGGCUUAUCUAGGUUAUGGAUGCUACUGUGGCCUGGGAGGACAUGGCUGGCCGAAGGAUAAAUCAGACUGGUGCUGUCAUGCGCAUGACUGCUGCUAUGGCUUUGCAGAAGAACAAGGAUGCAGCCCCAAGUCAACUAGGUACAGAUGGAGCUGUAGGCGCAAUACUGUGGUAUGUGAUACAGUGCUAGACAGAUGUCAGCAAAUAGUGUGCCAGUGUGACAGAGAAGCAGCUGAAUGUUGGCGAUCUGCUGCUUUUAACCGGCGCUAUAUCCUCUGGCCAAAUUUUUUAUGCGGCCACACUAAUCCCAUGUGCACUUAUCAUGUUAAUGGCAAGAGACGUAAAAAGAUGUUCUUAAAUUAA